AUGCUCUUCAACAUCAAGUCUGCCUUCUUCCUUGGUCUCAUUGCCACCACCUACGCAUCACCUAUCUCCCUCAAUGAUACCGACGUCGACCUCGAAAACCGGAGCCUCGAAGUCAGAGCCGCAGUUGAGCCUAUGAACUGUGGCGGCAAAACCUUUACCGAAGACCAGAUCAAAGACUCCAUCAGCCAGGCCAAGUCAACCCGGUCGCUAUCCAGCCCAUUUCAUCAACAAGAAGGGGAAGGGCAAUGA